CUUGGUUUUACUCUUGGCAACGUGGUUGGGAUGUAUCUGGCUCAGAACUAUGAUAUUCCUAACAUUGCAAAGAAGCUCGAAGAAUUUAAGAAGGAUGUGGAAGCUAAGAAAAAACCUCCCAGCGACAAGUCUUAAGAGACCAAUGUUACCCAGGUCACCUCUGUGCAUGCACCAAGGAUGCAAUUUACCUUUCAGGCAACAAAGAUCAAGUAGAGGGUUGGCAUGGGAGGUUCCUUCACUUUUAGUCUUCUAGAACUGGAAUGUCUUUCUUUUGAAAGAGCAGCCGUGAACUUUUCCUGGGACUGAUUUUCAAGGGUUUCAGAAUUUGGAUUUGCAGCUGAUAUGUGACUAGAUAAGACCGUUUGUAUUUUUUGUUAUUGCUUUUCCUAAUAUUUUGUAACCCCUUUUUACCUGAUCCAACUGGAGUCCCGUUAGUCCUGUUACUAUGUGUACCUCACACUUUGUAAUACCUUAGUUCUUAGACCAUCAUGAAAGAAAUUAAAUGCAUCAAUAAGU